ACUUUGCUAGCGGCCAGCGUCAUGCUGGCCGCUGUAGAGCCUCCUCCGCUCAGGGCGGGGAUGGCGGUGGCGGGCGGCGGCCGCGGCUCCGAGCUGGGGCAGGGCUCUGCGCCGAGUGACACCUCCUUCCUCGGCAGCGCCACAACGUGGCCCUUGAAGCGCUACGGACGCUUCCUGCCCCCGACGGACCGCGACGCUGAAGGGCAGAACGCCUCCUCUUGGAAGGUUUUUGAAUCAAAUGAAGAAUCAGGCCAUCUUAUCCUUACCGUGGUUGUUUCUGGCCAUUUCUUUGUUUCCCAAGGGCGAACAGUACUGGAAGGUUUCUCACUGAUCGAUUCCCACAAGUGGCUAAAGAUAGUCAGGAAAGCAGACUGCCUGCUCCUUCAUGCACAAACCAAGAAUGAAGGCCGCAUGUUUCGUGUUCAGUUUGGUGGUGAUUCAAAGGAAGAGAUGCUGGAAAACUGCUGGAGUUGUGUUCAGAAACUCACAGAGUACGUGCCAGUGCAAGGAAGCGAGGAGCAAAGCCAGCAGCUCUAUCCCAGCCUCAGUCAGCUGGCCUACGGUGACAGCCAAGUGAGGAACAGUGAACUAAAUGCAUCACUACUACAGCCAGAUGAGCCUCUACCAGAUUCCUGUGCAAGCCUUGGAGAAAGAAGAUCUGUACCACAGCUCGCCCAGUCUGUGCUGAACAAGAAGCUUGAGCUGCCCCCUGCACCCUGGCACCCGGCGUGGGGCACCCAGGAGCUGGGGCCCUUCAUCCGCUUCUGCCUCCUGGAUCAGCAUUUCCCAGCUUUCGUGCAAGCCGUGGAGAAGGAACUGCAAAAGCUUACAGAAGGUUGAGAAGUACCAGCUUGUGGCGGCUGGGAUACAGGCCCUGGGAUUCCCGGCACAGGGAUCCACAGGUUACGUGGGAUUAAAUGUUUGAAUAAGUCUCACACAGGGUUUUUGGGGGUGUUUUUUUUUUUGGUCAGUGUUUUAUUUUUAAAAACAGGUGAAUCCACUUUUUAUACAUCAUUGCACUUCAACAAAUACACAGAACACAAGUUCAUGCAUCUACAGUUACGCACAUCAUGAGAACCCUGUUAGGUCUAUUUCUACAAUCUUUAAAUCAUGAGAAAUUACAGUGUCAAACUGAAGAGUAUAACUAGUUGCAUAGAAUAUCACCAUGCUGUAACAUUUCAUCAUUUAAACAAAA